AUGGCUUCCUACACUCCAAGAAGAAUAUAUAUGAUCAUCAACUUCAUUGUCGUGAUCAUCACCACCAUACUCUUCUUCUCGAUUCACAAUCCAACUGCAUCAAACAAAGGAGAAACGAUGACCGGUCGAGACCAUGAGCGAUCAAGAAUGGAGCAUUGUGUUGGACUCUUCUUUGAUCCUCCACCACCUCCAAGAUGGCUCUCCGAUGAUGAACGCAUAAAGAAUAAGGUACCAGUGAUCUAG